AUGAUACAAGCUAGCACCAAAUCCUCCAUAAUAAGUUUGACCAAAACUGUUGUUGGUGCUGGGGCCUUGGCCAUGCCAUUUGCUUUCAGAGCUGAUGGUCUUUUUUUUGGAAUCCUAAUUAUACUAUUGGCCUCGGUAACAUCUGGUUUUGGUUUAUAUCUACAAGCAAGAACCUCAAAAUAUGUUCCUGAUGGAAAUGCUACUUUUUUUGCCAUCUGUUCAAUAACUUAUCCAAAAUUAAGCGUCAUUUUUGAUUUCGCUAUAGCCAUUCAAUGCUUUGGUGUUGGCUUAUCUUACCUCAUAAUAAUUGGUGACUUGUUGCCUGAUUUAUCCUCAAAUCACUUAUCAAGAACCUCUGCAAUCUUGGUAUCUUCAAUUUUAAUUUGUCCUCUUUCAUUUUUAAAAAAUUUAGACUCUUUAAAAUACACCUCAAUCAUUGGCUUAAUAUCCAUAUCCUACAUUAUCAUCUUGGUUUUUCUUCAUUUCUUAUUCAACGAUAUUCCACAAGAUUUGAAAGGCGAAAUUAACUACUUCAAGCCAUUAAAUCUAUCAUCCAUCUUAUCAACUUUUUCGAUCAUUAUUUUUGCUUAUACUGGCCAUCAAAACAUGUACUCCUUAAUCAACGAAUCUUCAAAUAAAUCCAUAAAAAAUUUAUCCUACAUAGUCAAAGUCGUCAUUCUAAUUUCAACUGCGAUUUUCUUUAUAACUGGUAUUUCAGGUUACCUAACAUUUGGUAACAACGUCAAGGGCAAUGUUCUUCUAAUGUACCCUGAUUCUCGCUCCACUAGACUUGCCAGAUUCGCUUUAUCAUUAAUGGUCAUCUUAUCAUUUCCUUUGAUGUUCCACCCAUGCCGAAUAAGUGCCAACAAUAUCUAUCAUUGGAUCAAAAUCAAUUAUUUCUCAACCAAUAAUGAUCUAGAUCCCCCAGUAGUUCCUUUUCCAAAUUUGGUUUUCAUAAUUAUAACUUCUUUGCUUCUUGUCGCUUCAUAUCUUUUAGCAAUCUCAAUCAAUUCGUUUGCUUUAGUCCUAUCCUUAGUCGGGGCAACCGGGUCAACGGCUAUUUCUUUCAUUUUACCUGGUUUAUUUGGUUAUAAAUUACUAGGAAACAGUCAUAAUGAGCUACUAUUACCAAAUAAUUUCUCUUUAUCAUCAGGUUAUAAUGGAAAAUGGAUAAAAUAUGCAAGUUUACUCUUAUCAAUUUGGGGUAUAAUUGUGAUGUUUUUAUGUGUUACUGCUACUUUGUUUAUUGGCGAUGAUAGCUGA